AUCCAACGUUUGCGCUGCCACUAAUCGCAAUUGCAUAUAUUUUUUUUUUGGAUAUAAUUAUGGGUACAUUAGUUCCGCUGAACGUUGUUACUGGUAUGCCUCAUAAAGUUCGUCACCGAUAAAGAGUGAUAACAUUUCACAUACGCCAAGAAUCUUCUUUUCCAAUUUAAAUGACGAUGGUACUUUUCAUUCAAAGUUUAUCACUUGUCGUGUAUAAUUUAACUAGUGCAAUGAAUUGAAGGUUCUUAUUCCGAUUCAAGAUAUUGUGAGCGAUGACCUUCUUCUUUAAAACUGAUGAUGUCUAUUCAGACCGAAACUCUCGACUAAAGCAUCGUCGUCGACAGAUAGGCCAAGUCUGUCUAUUACUCCUUGGUUUGAUCCUCAUCGGCGUAGGCGUUUCUAUACUCGUCUUCUUCGAAACCAUUUACGAGCUGAUAUUAAUUGAUGCGCUCAAAUUUACACCAACAUCAAAAGCUUACCAAGAAUGGUUGACCAAUGAUCCACCUUUAGACUUGAAUAUAUAUUUGUUCAAUUGGACAAACCCUCAACGAAUAAAUAAUAUUGAGGUUAAACCGGAAUUUCAAGAAGUGGGACCUUAUAAAUUUAAAGAAGUCAAGGAGAAAAUUAAUAUAUCUUGGCACGAGGAGAAUACCACCGUUAGUUUUUCGCAUAUGAAAUUUUAUUAUUUCGAUGAAGAAAAUAGUGUUAGAAAAUUGAGCGAUGUGAUAUCUACUAUCAAUGUUGUUCCUUUGACAAUUAGUUACAAGUCUAGGCUUUUCAAUUGGUUAACCAGAAGGUUAAUCUCGGCGGCAUUAUCAAGUGUAUCGAGUCUCCAUGUUACAAAAAACAUUUCUGAGAUACUCUUUGAAGGCUACGAAGAACCUCUUUUAGAAACUUUAUCGAAGUUUCCAUUUUUAAACGUCCAAGAUAAAUUUGGUAUAUUUUACAGAAAAAAUGCUACUAUCGGUAACGUUGGAAUCUACAGUAUGUAUUACAAAAACGAUGAGGAUUUCGGAAAAAUGUUAACUUGGAAUUACAAGAAUCAAACGAGUUACUACGAAGGACAUUGUAACGAUAUAAAAGGCUCUGCUGGAGAGUUUUAUCCUAUAAAUAGGAAAAGGGAUAAACUCGUCGUAUAUUCCGGCGAGCUUUGUAAAUAUGCCGAACUAGAAUACGUAGAAGAUGUCAUUAUUAAAGGUGUCUUAGGAUAUAAAUAUACUGGGGAUUAUAUUUUUGAUAAUGGUACAAAACGUCCUGAAAACCAAUGUUUUUGUGUGGGAGAAUGUAUACCAUCGGGAGUAUUUAACGUCUCAACGUGUAGGGAUAAUUCCCCUAGCUUUUUAUCGUUCCCACAUUUUUAUGGAGCUGAUCCUUAUUAUGCGAACUCAAUUGAGGGAAUGAAGCCAGAUAAGACCCUACAUGAAUUUUACAUCAUUAUCGAACCGAAAUCCGGAGUUGUGAUGGAAGUACAAACAGCAAUGCAAGUAAAUAUGUUACUUCAACCAAUUCCAAGCAUACGAUUGUACGAAAAAGUGCCAAAAGUGUUUGUGCCUCUAUUUUACUUCACUCAAAAAAUAAAUUUAAAAGACGACAUCGCCAGUAGCCUUAGACUGAUACAGAAUCUACCAGAAUACAAUAACUAUUUAUCCUACAUACUUUUAGGUUUAGGUAGCGUUUUCAUUCUUUGGACAGUGUGUUCGUGUUUAUGUUGCAAAACUCAAAAACAAACUUUCCAAAUUAAUGGAAAAAAACCAAAGUUCCAUGACGAAAUUCCACUCAGACAGAGAAAAUAAACACGUAUUUUGUUACUAGUAACAAGUUUGUUAUGGAAAUAUAUUUUUUUAAAUAUC